AUGGCAUACCACGGAGGUCAAGGUUUAGAACCAAAUAGAGGAUUUCCAACAUGGAUUGAAAUUGGACCAGCUAAAAAUAUAACUUGGGAAUUUGACGAUUCUUUAAGAUGGUGCGAAAGUUGGAGGGAUCCUCAACAUAUUUUAUUUCAUUUGGCAAACAUUUGUUUUUUUAUUUCUUAUGCGGCUCCGAGUAAUCGUGUCGGUCUUGUCACAAUGCAUUCCUUAUUAGUUUUAGGUUUCAUGUUGUUUUCCGGUUGGGCAUGGAAUAUCGUUUGUGCACCCGAUGUUUUUUCAUGGAAUUUAGCUUUCAUGUUUUUAAAUUUUCUUCAAUUAUUUUACGUUAUUUACCUCAUGAGACCUGUUAAAUUUGAUCCAGAACUUGAAGAUGCAUAUCAUACCUUAUUUCGUCCUUUUAAGGUUUCCAGGCUCACUUUUAAAAAAUUAGUAAGUUCGGAAUUUGCGCAAAUCGUUUCCCUUCAUGCUGGAGAAGCUUAUGCUAUGCAAAAUCUAACAAGAACUGAUAGAUUGGGUCUUCUUCUUACCGGAAAAGUAAAUGUUAUUUCCGAUCAUCAAUUUUUACAUCCGAUACUCCCGUGUGAAUUUUUAGAUUCUCCAGAAUUUGAAUCGUCACGUGCAAACGUCGAUGAAAAAUUUAAGGUUUCGAUCGUUGCGGCCACGGGUUGCAGGUACCUUUUUUGGCAAAGAUCAUCUUUGGAAUAUCUUUUUGUUAAAGAAACUUAUUUAGCAACCGUCGUAACAACAUUAAUUGCAAAAGAUAUUGCCACGAAAUUGUAUGCCAUGAACAAUAAGAUCGUGACGGACAGAGGUUCUCAUCUCGAUAUAAGACUUCCAAGCGUAUCAUUUUCAUUAGCUGAUAAGAGAAAAAGUCCGUUGAAAAAAUUUAAGGCAAAUAUAUUAGCUGAUAGACAAGAAAUUCACAGGGAAGAAUGUAAAGUAUAA